AUGAAGAUCUUUCAAGUCCUCGUUCUAGCUGCCAUUGCUGCUGUUUCUGUAAACGGUCAAUCAGCCGCCAAUACUGUCCCAACUGGUACAACUGGUGCGACUGCUACCGGUGCGGCUGGUACAACUGGUGCGACAGCUACCGGUGCUACGGCCUCCUUAGAAGCUGGAGGAACUGGACUUGAAGCAUCUCUUACAACGACUGGUGCGUCUAACUCAACUGAAGCAGCCCCUACAAAUGGUACUACUACCGCUACGCCUGCCGCGGAUGGAACAACUCAGACUGACGGCGCCACGCCAAGCGACGCGCCCACGACAGGAUCACUUCCACAAGACAACGGGACUCCUAAUGAAGUCGGAACCCCCGAUGCCACCACACCUGAUUCCUCAACACCUGACUCUACAUCUUCUUUACCUGAAGCAACGGCGCAGAGCGGAUCUGAAGGUUCGUCUCCCGCCGAUUCUAGCACAAGCGCUGCCUCACACAUUACUAUGGGUGCUGCUUGCGCAACCAUCAUGGCUGUUGGCGCCUACUUCUUGUAA